AUGAGCAUGAAACGAGGAGGACGUCGCAUGGCGCUGGAGGUGAUGGCUGGAGUUGCUGCUUGGCCGCAAGUAGCGAGUGCCCUGUUCGAUGACAAGAUCGGAUGGGGCGAUUCAGACAAGGUCGGAGUGCAGUGGGACGGAGGAUUCGCAAACCCUCUCGCUUCCCAGCCUGAUGAGUUCAGCACUGAGGUUGUCAAUGGCAAGGGGAACCCAGUUGUUAUCUCGUUCACAAAGCCAAAGAAGUGGAAGCUCAGCACCAACGCCGGCAUCACAGUCCAGGACUACAUCACAGCAGAGAGCGCCUUUGUCCUCGUCGCUCCUGCCCAGGGCCACAGUGUCUCCGACUUGCCUCCAGAGUACGUGCUUGACAAGGUUUUGACUCAAGGGAAAGCGAGUAACGCGGAAAAAGAUCUUCCACCUAUCAUGGAAGCAGGACCGCAGGAUGAUGGUUCAAGUGAUCCGUUCACGAAGAAGGAGAUGGAGAAGAAGGAAACGUUGCAAAAGCAGAAGAACAGGGAAAAGCGAAACCACGAAGAGAUCCAUGGAAAGACCCACCUGCAGCUCUCGGAGAACCCGAGCAAGCAGGAGCAGAAGCUCCAGACGAAGGCUCAGCUCAAGCUCGCUCAGAAGUCAACUGGAUCUCUCGGCAAGUUUGACAAGAAGCUCAAGGGAGAAUUGAAAUCUGCACCCAACCGCAAGUUCGAUCCGGAGACGCUUCAGAAUGAGAAGAAGAGGAACCUGGAGCUGCUGAGCAAGAUCGUCUCAGUCGAGGGAGCGACCCUUGACCACGAAAAGGCCAAGGCAGGGAGCCAGAAGAAAGACAAGGGCAAGAAGCCCAAGAGAAACGCAAAGGCGAAACGAUGA